AUGACGGACGCAGCCUACCCCGACCUGUCGCAAGAAAUGGCACUCGACGCCGCGCAGAUGCACCACCAGCGCGUGGAAGCGGCGCGGCGGCGCGUACGCGCCACCAUGCCGCCCAUCCCGGAGAUGCGGUUCGAACAGGCUUAUCUUCGCAGUCUUAUGCCGGCUCUCCAGUCGGACACGGCGGGCGGGGACGUGAAGAGCGAUAUCGCGGGCGGAAAGGAGGUGGCAGUGGUGUGGAACAAGGCGGCGUGGAUCACUGUGCGGGAUCAGGUCAUCUCGCCGUUUCUGCAGGGCGCGUUCUGGGGCAUCCUCUCUCUCAUCUCGGGUUCCGUGACUGGUGCCCUUCGCGCAAGCUGGUCCGCGUCGGCCAAGCACGAUAUCCAGCGCGUGGUGGGGUCCGGCGACUCUACGUCUCUCCGUAAAUCCGCAGCCGGUGGCGUCGAGACCGCCGCUGUUCUCCACUAG